AUGAAGUUCACCCUAGCAUCGGCGCUCGCCACAGCCGCCCGCGCCGCCGUGCUCUGGGACGGGCGCUUCAACGACAUGGCCGCCUCGACGGACCUGAACAAGUGGUCGUGGUCGAACCAGGUGGGGCCGUACCAGUACUACAUCCACGGCUCCGGGUCCGUCGACAAGUACGUCAACCUGUCGCCGGACUUCAAGAACCCGGCCGACACCGUGUCGAAGCAGGGGGCCAGGUUCACCCUCGACAGCACCGCGUUCUGGAACGGCCAGAACAUGCGCCGCACGGAACUCAUCCCCCAGACGAAGGCGGCGAUCAAUGCGGGCAAGGUGUGGUACCAUUUCAGCGUCAUGCGGAAGGAGGCGAAUGCGCCGUCGGUGAACAGGGAGCACCAGAUCUGCUUCUUUGAGAGCCACUUUGUCGAGCUGAAGUAUGGGUGGAUUUCGGGGGAGCAGGGGGCGGAGAACCCGAAUUUGCAGUUCAUGGUCUCCCAAACCUCCAAAUGGAAGACGGAGUGGAAGCCCUCGGUGUGGCACAACGUCGCCUUCGAGAUCGACUUCGGCAGCGGCACCGUCGGCCUCUGGCACUCGGAGGGCGGCGACCCGCUGGUCCAGACCGUCGCCCCCGUCAAGACGUCCGCGUCCUCCAACGGCGCCGACUGGCAUCUUGGGGUCUUGGAGCUCCCGAGGUCCGGGUACGGUGAUGCGGUGGAGGACUUUUACUUCUCGGGGGUUUAUGUGGAGAGCGGCGCGAUCACGACGGCGGUGGGGGGCCCGGGUAUGUGA